UUUUGAACGCAACGAUUGCGCAGUGAUUGUAGAGGCAGUUUGUUUUGCUUUUCAUCCAUUAGCUUUUAGAUCACUACAGAUUGAUAAGUAAUAAGUUAAUUUGCGCAAUAAAUACAAGAAGCAAUGGUAAACCAUUAUUAGACCGAUAUAAUCAUAAUAAAUACAUAUUCGCUGCAUGUACUGAAGGUGAACGGUGAAUUUUGAAGGUUUUAUCGAAAAUAACGUUACAUCACGCAUGGCUAGACAGGGAGUAUCAAGACCAAAGGUGGUCUCAUCAGGCAGACUGACGGGAUCCGGACGGGGACAAAUACACAAAAAACGUUUUGCUGGAAGAUGUGUGCCUCCUCUUGAAGCAGCGUAUUCUUUAUAUUCUACAGACUCUGAAGAUCAGGUGACAACAAUACACAAGGGACUGGACCGAUGUGCUGCUUUACUCAAUGGAAUACUACAAGCCGAACAAGCAGAAUCAAAGCCCAAACAACAGGGAACAAAAACCUGCACCUUCAAAUCCAAACCCAAGAAUUUAUCAAGAAAAAUUGAGACUGACAAGAAAAAGCAUGGGAAGAAGACAAACACGGCAAUACAUGUGAAGAAAAGGGCAGCGGCAGUGCAGAAGACGAUUUUGUCCUCCAGUUGUCACCCGAGUUCAGCAGGGCAGCCGAGUUGUCAUGGUGAUCAGAACCCUGUGGUCAGACGGGCACAAGGGUCACAGGAUCAACCGUCAGCACUGACCCGUUUAACUCAAACAGAACAUGCCCAGCAAGACUCACUUCCACUGGUCUACUCUCAGCCUGCUGCUAGCUGUGAUCCGCAGACUUCUGGUCAGGUUCACACAUCCACUGUAUUUAACUGUCGGCUGACUACGUCCACUCCUGCAUUGAGCCCUCAGAGACCUGGAUCAGCUCACAGUGAACCUUGUACUUCAAAGUGUGUACUGAGCAGUGGUGGCUCAUCUGGGGAGUUUCAUCAGUCGAGGGCCAUGAGUGCUGCCAUCCCCUCCAGCCCUUAUGCUUCUGAAGAAACAUCUGCCACUCCAAAUCAGUAUGCGGCUUCUUUCUCAAUGCCACCUGCAGUCCAACGACAGUCUCCAUUUACUGUAUCUCCUGUCCAAAAUGGAUCCUGCACGUCAUUAGGGCACAGCCCUGUCUGCAGUGGUCCUCAGGUUAAAUUGACAUCAUCCACUGGGUCCUUGACGCCCAACCAGCUGUGGGUCAGCCAGACUCAGCCUGAACCAAAUGGACCAGUACAGGAGAUCUGCUCUGAGGAGAGUGCAGAGGAUGAAGAUGAAAAAGAUGGGAUGGACAAUACACCUGUCAGAGAUAUCAGCUGUCAGACCAGCUGUGAGAAAUUAACAGUUCUGAAUCACAAAGUCAAACCCACGAGUCCAGAGAAAACCGCACAGAGAGUGGUGACUGUUAAAUAUCUGCUGGGAGAGCUGAAGACUUUAGUUGCUAAUCAGGACAGCGAUGCUAUGCGCCUGAUCUCUGAGGUGGAGCAGAGUAUCUCACUACUUCCUGUCAUGGUGGGCAGCACCAACAUUCAGGCUGAGAUUGCGCUUGCUAUACAGCCACUCAGGAGUGAGAAUGUACAGCUUCGAAGGCGUUUGCGAAUACUCAAUCAGCAGUUAUCAGAGCGUGAGAGAGCAGAGCGGCGAGCCAGACCGGAGGCGUGUGACAUGGAGGCUAAGUGGCAUGGCCUUUGUGUUCAUUGGCAUGGUUGUGUUACAGUGGUUACGUUGCAGUCUCUUAACUUCGCUCUUCAAACUCAGUUAAAUGAGAGCCGUAAAGAGCUUGAUGAUCUACGACAGGAGAACAUGAGACUUCAGAAAGCCAAGGAGGACAAAGAGUCGUGCGAGUUUGAGAACAGUCGGCUAAGGCUGGAGAUGAAUGAAGCAUUAGCUGAAAUGCAGAGCUGCCAGAGUAAACUCAAAGAGUAUGAGAUUGAGAAGACUGUACUGUCUCUGAGUCUCCAGCAGAGAGAGGCAGAGAUCAGCAGGCUGCAGGACGUCAUCAGAAAUCUGGAGAGAAGUCAAACAAAAGACAAAUAUUCUCCUCAGCCGGACGUGUGCCAACCAAACUCUCAGCUUACCAAGAGUGUUUUGGAAUUGCAUGAAAGUGCACAGAGAGAGUCCACUGUGUCAGAUCAACUUUCAAACUCUGUGAAGAGCUACCUUCAGACCCUGGAGGAGAUCGGACAGGGCUCUCCUCUCCAACGAGUUCACUGUAAGUCCCAGACAUUACAACCAGCCUCCCCUGGUCAGAUUAAUGGCGGAAAAGACAACUUUAUGCCAUCAGAUUCCAAAGUCUACUUACCAACGAAUAGGGAUAUACACAAACCAACCCUGGAAACCAUAUCUGAGAAGAGUCCUCAGUCAGAAGAGCAGAAAAGAACAGUGUUUGCUCCUUUAAAAGAGACUCUGGUGCAACUUCCCUCAGGAGCUGCUCAUGGUAAACCGCUAACUCAGUGUAAUGAACUGAUAACAGCCAAGAACCAAAGGGAAGAUGUGGAUGCGCAUGUAGGGCUGAAACAUAUGGGGCGUGCUUUUGAAAAGCUGGACAUCUCUGAUGGGGUCAACAUUCAGGAUGCGAAGAAUGAUGGCAGAGAUUUCCUUUCAGAUCAUCAGGGUGUGGCCUUACAGUUAAUUCAGAAAAUGAAGGGCCUGAACAAUCAAUCGGUGCAAUCUCUGCGUGCCCGCAGAGAUUACUUUGGACGCCCUUCAGUGAUUGAGAACACCUUUUCCUCUUGUGAUAUUAAAUCUUUAGCCUCUGAUUGGAGCAUAAACUCCUGGUCCACGUUUAACACACAGGAUGAACUGAAUUUUAGGGAUGGGCUUGCAGCACUAGACGCCAGCAUUGAAAGUCUGCAGAACACCCUGAGAGUUGAUCGAAACAAAUAAUAUAGUAUUUCAAUGUGUGCUGAGUUUGUUGUUUUUAAUUUGAUUACAUGUAAUUAAUGGAUAUUUUUACAUGUCUCUUUAUUUUUAUUAAAUUAUCAUGUGAAAAAUCAGUGAA